AUGCCUCUCAUUUGAAUUCUUGAGCCCUUGUUGGAGACAAGAAGAAACUCUGUCCAAUGAAAGGGGGCUUGAAGAAGGGGAAGUGGUCCAAGGAAGAGGACAAUCUCAUCAAAAAUCACAUUGAGAAGCAUGGCAUUGGCCGUAGCUGGCAGGGAUUAUCAAAUACUUUAGGGCUGAAGCGCUGCGGCCGGAGUUGCCGAUCGAGAUGGCUGAACUACCUUCGUCCUGGGCUGAAGCAUGGAAACUUCACGCCGGCCGAGGACAGGGUCAUCUAUGAGAUGUACAGCAAGAAGGGAAGCUGCUGGUCCGUGAUCGCCGCGAAGCUACCCGGGAGGACGGACCUCGCCAUCAAGAACUACUGGAACAGCACGCUCAAGAAACGGUUCCCCCGCGCGGCAAGGAGCCGCCGCCUCAGGCACCGCCGCACCGGCAGCACGUCGUCCGACGACACUGCGAGCGCAGAGCUCGCGCUGGUCGCCUACGACGAGGAGAGCAUCAGCCCCACAGCGCUGGUCGUGUACAACGACGAGGACAGUGCCAGCACGGUGCCGGACCUCCAGUUGCUCGGGUACAACGAGGCAGGAUCCUCGUCGAGCCAUGCCGACGCCGUCUCGGCCGGCUCGCCUGUGCAACCACCACCACCACUGGUCACCGCCACCGCGAACCAGGAGCCGAUCACCGCGAUCCCGAUCAGCAGGUCGGUGAGGAUGGAGCCAUGGACACCGCCACCACCUGCUGAUGACACCAGUGAGGAGAUGAACGUCGACUGCGGUCCCAUGUCUCCGGUCCCCCUGGGGCUCAUGGAGCCUGACCUUCCUCGCAUUGCCAUGGAGCCGGAUCUUCCUUGCAUCACCAUGGGUCUUCCUGACACUGCCGGUUUCGAUGACAUCGACAGCUUUCUCUCCUUCUUUCACCACUGAUCUGCACCUUGUUUGCAUUGCCAUGAGUGUACUUCGCAAAACUGGAGUUUAGCUGUGAUUUAGGUUAGAGUUAGCAUUUGAGCAGUAGCUUAGCUGUGAUUGUGGUUAAAGUUAACACCCGAGUUGUUAGGGAUGGGUGUUGGUGGAGUUGUACUAGUGUGCUAUGCAUCAGUGACUCUGUUCAUUCUGAAUUUUUAAGACCAUCUAAUCUGCUGAUCUAAUU